AUGUCGGAGCUUACACCAGAGGAAGAAAGAGCUAGAAAACUGGAGGAAGCUAAAAAGAGGGUAGAGGAGUUGAAGAAGAAGAAUAAGAACAAGAAGAAUAAGAAGAAGAAGGAAAAGGCAUUGACUGAAGAGAACACUCCAGCCACCACACAAGAGAACACACCAGAGGUCGAGACAACCGAAGAAACCCCUGUGACAGAUAUUGAACCAAAGGAAGAUCAAGAAGCAAUUGAAAAUGAGAACUCCACUGAAGUUACUGAGUCUGAAUCGAAAGAUAAUGAAGAGCCUGUAGUAGCUGAAGAGGAGAAGACUGUCGAAGUUACUGAGUCUGAAUCAAAGGAGAAUGAAGAGCCUGUAGUAGCUGAAGAGGAGAAGACUGUCGAAGUUACUGAGUCUGAAUCGAAGGAGAAUGAAGAACCAGUGGUAGUAGAAGAGAAGAAGGUAGAAUCGAAGGCUGAAGAAACGUCUGAAGUCGAUGAUUUGUUCAAUGAAGGAGGUGACUUUUUAGCAACUAUCGAGGAGAAGAAAAAUGCAGACGAAGUUGAGCAAUUACAGGAAGAGGUGUCUAAGCUAAAAGAUCAGAUUAAAAAACUGAAGUUUAUAAAUAUCGAUCAAGAAAGUACCAUCGAAGAGCUUCAAGAGCAAAUAACCCUCUUAAAGUCCGAGGUUAAUGAAAAAGAUACACAAUUAAAAUCUACACAAGAAGAAUUAGUUGCCUCUAAGCAGGAAGUUGAAAACUUAAAGCUGCGCAAUGUGUCUCAACAGCCUUCAGUGAACUUCUCUUCUUUCAGCAGACAUUCAUCGGAUAGAUUCGAGUCUUCUUACUCACAGCCCCAAGUUACAGCUGUUGAUCCAGCAAUGCUUGAAAAAUGGAAGAACUGGAAUGUCGAUAUGACCAAUUGGAGAUCGAUUGGUGUUGGUCCAGUGGUAGAAUUUUAA